UACACCGGGUGAUUUUAUACUUUGCGCUCGUGUCUGCAUCUGUUUCCUCGGGCCGCUCUCUGUUUACUUGUGGCUGUGAGUGGACAUCAGAGGAGAGAAGUCAUGUCAGGGGCAGCUGCGACUCUUCUGCUCCUGCUCUGCUCCAUGUGUGAUUCUCUGGACGCUGACUGGGAGUUUGUGGAAACUAAUUUUACGGACCUCAGUGAUGCAAUCGAUUACAAGGACCCCUGCAAAGCUGCUGCCUUUCUGGGAGACAUCGCUCUGGAUGAAGAUGAUCUCCUCAUGUUCAGAGAGGUCCACAGCCUCCAGAGCAACCGAACCCACUCAGGCAACAGUUCCACCUCCAACGAGAGCAUCAGGAGUAAAAGAGCGGCAAAAGGGAUCCUCCGUCGUCUGAGGAGAGCGGCCACCUCCAGGGCCGAGCGAGUGUGGCCCGACGGCAUCAUACCGUAUGCCAUCAGUGGGAAUUUUACUGGCAGUCAGAGAGCCAUUUUCCGUCAGGCGAUGCGUCACUGGGAGAAACACACUUGCGUAACCUUCACUGAGAGGACGACCGAGGAGAGCUACAUCGUCUUCACCUACAGGCCGUGUGGGUGCUGCUCCUACGUGGGGAGGAGAGGCAGCGGCCCCCAGGCCAUCUCCAUCGGGAAGAACUGCGAUAAGUUUGGCAUCGUGGUGCACGAGCUCGGCCACGUGAUCGGCUUCUGGCACGAACACACGCGUCCGGACCGUGACGAGCACGUGAGCAUCAUCAGAGACAACAUCCAGCCAGGACAGGAGUAUAACUUCCUGAAGAUGGAACCGGCCGAGGUCAACUCACUGGGGGAAGUGUACGACUUUGGCAGCAUCAUGCAUUAUGCAAGGAACACAUUUUCCAGAGGAAUCUUCUUGGACACGAUCUUGCCCCGUUACGAUGUCAACGGAGUCAGGCCCCCGAUUGGACAGAGGACCAGGCUCAGCAAGGGGGACAUUGCACAAGCUCGCAAACUCUACAAAUGUGCAAAGUGCGGCGAGAGCCUGCAGGACAGCACUGGGAACUUCUCCUCUCCUGGUUUCCCCAACGGCUACUCGGCGUACUCUCACUGCGUCUGGAGGAUUUCUGUCACUCCUGGAGAGAAGAUCGUUCUGAACUUCACCUCCAUGGACCUCUUCAGGAGUCACUUGUGUUGGUACGACCACGUGGAGGUCCGAGACGGCUUCUGGGGAAAAGCGCCACUGAAAGGUCGUUUCUGUGGAGACACACUUCCAGAUCCCAUCAUCUCCACUGACAGUCAACUGUGGAUUGAAUUCAGGAGCAGCAGCAGCUGGCUGGGCAAAGGCUUCUCCGCUGUUUAUGAAGCCAUCUGUGGGGGAGAGGUGACGCGGGACAGCGGCCAGAUCCAGUCCCCAAAUUAUCCCGAUGACUACCAGUCCAAUAAAGUGUGCGUGUGGAAAAUCACAGUGGCAGAGGGCUUCAAUGUUGGCCUCUCAUUCCAGUCAUUUGAGACUGAGAGACACGACAGCUGCGCCUACGACUACGUGGAGGUUCGGGACGGCGGCUCGGAGGACAGCCCGCUGCUCGGCCACUUCUGUGGCUACGACAAACCGGACGACAUCAAGAGCAGCACCGAGCAGCUGUGGCUCAAGUUCGUGUCCGACGGGUCGGUCAACAAAGCCGGUUUUGCCGCCAACUUUUUCAAAGAGAUGGACGAGUGCUCCGGACCUGACAACGGUCACUGUGAGCAGCGCUGUCUGAACACGCUGGGCAGCUACAGGUGCGGCUGCGACCCGGGUUAUGAGCUGGCGGCCGACAAACACAGCUGUGAGACAGCUGCCUGCGGCGGGUUCAUCACCGUGCUGAACGGCUCGCUCACCACCCCCGGCUGGCCCAAAGAGUACCCACCCAACAAGAACUGCGUGUGGCAGCUGGUGGCGCCCAUCCAGUACCGCAUCACCCUGGUGUUCGACGUGUUCGAGACCGAAGGGAACGAUGUGUGUAAAUAUGAUUAUGUGGAGGUGCGCAGUGGCUUGAGCUCAGACGCAAAGCUUCAUGGGAAAUUCUGUGGAGCGGAGAAGCCCGAGGUCAUCACCUCCCAACACAACAACAUGAGGAUUGAGUUCAAGUCGGACAACACUGUGUCCAAGAGGGGCUUCAAGGCUCACUUCUUCUCCGAUAUAGACGAGUGCUCCGACGACAAUGGCGGCUGCCAGCACGAGUGCGUGAACACCUUCAGGAGCUACAGCUGUCAGUGCCGCGGGGGCUUCACGCUGCACGAUAACAAGCACGACUGCAAGGAAGCCGGGUGUGAUCAUGUGGUGAACAGUGCGUCGGGAAUCAUCAGCAGCCCCAACUGGCCCGACAGAUAUCCCAGCAAGAAGGCCUGCACCUGGUCUCUGUCCACAACCCCGGGCCACCGCAUCAAACUCGUUUUCAACGAGCUGGAGAUGGAGGCCCAUCUGGAGUGCGCCUACGACCACCUGGAGAUCUUCGACGGGCGAGACAGCCGCGCCCCGAGUCUCGGACGCUUCUGCGGCACCAAGAAACCUUCUCCGGUCGUGUCCAGUGGCAACAAACUGUUUCUGCGGUUUUCCUCAGACAACUCGGUGCAGAAAAGAGGCUUCGAGGUUUCAUACAGAGCAGGAUGUGGAGGGAGCCUGAAAGCCGAGGUCAAGACAAAAGAUCUGUUCUCUCAUGCACAGUUUGGAGAUAACAACUACCCCGGUGGCUCCGACUGCCUGUGGGUGGUCACGGCCGAGAAGGGCUACGGCGUGGAGAUCAUCUUCCGAGUGUUUGAGAUCGAGGACGAGGCCGACUGCGGGUACGACUACGUGGAGCUGUACGACGGCGCCGACAUCAAGUCCCCGCGGCUGGGACGCUACUGUGGAUCGGGGGCUCCAGAAGAGGUCUACUCGGCCGGAGACGCCAUCAUUUUAAAGUUUCACUCGGACGACAGCAUCAACAAAAAGGGCUUUCACGUGCGCUACACGAGCACCAAGUUCCAGGACACGUUACAUGCAAGCAAGUGACUGUGACCUGUCGGAUCCCAGCCCCAAGAGGGUUAGGGUUAAGGUUAGAGACUUCAGCCCUGGCAUUUUGGUGGAACACGCCCCUUUUUCCAGACGAGGAGUGGAUGCACGGGAUCGACACCACAGACACCAGCAGACGCAUACUUCACAUUCACGUCUGCCGGAGAGUGAAACCACGCAGAGGAAAUUAUAGCUGCACGGGAGGAAAAGUUUGAAGUGACUGUUUUUGAGUCAAAUUCAGCCUCUAUUGAAUGUUUGUCGUAACACUGUAAAGAUACAAGAUGUAUAUAUUGUGAUAUAGUUUGGCUUGUUUACUCUUUUUACCUUUCAUUGAUCAGAUGCAGAACGUUCCCACACAGUAUUUUCCCAGCUUCCUUUUUAAACCGUUACUGUGCUUCAAGCUUCCAACAAGUUCUGCUUUUCCUCUGACUCGUGUUUUUGUGCUUUAAAUCUCUUUGCAACACACAGUCGGGUGAAGUGAUAACAGAGGAAAGCAUCUCCUCUAACUUGAAUCUUUUCUAUAUUUUGCUUUAACAUCGCAGCAACUUCUGCUUAUGUCCCACGACACCAGCUGAGAGUCGAUUUUUAGCUUAUUCUAUUUGUCUCGCUUGUUAGCCUUGCUGCUGUGAUGCAGAAGUGGAAUCACUGUUGGUUGUGGUCACAGUGGGAAAGGAGAUGGUUCUUGGUUUGAAUCCUGGUUCAACCAAGUUCUUCCUGUGUGGAGUUUGCUUGAUCUCCCUGUGUGAACCUGUGUUUUCUCUGGGUGCUCCAGCUUCCUCUGUCCAAAGGCGUACUGACUGAGGUUAGGUUCAGAUUUUGACCUUAAGUGUGAAUAUGUGUUAGUGGUGGUUUGUCUCUGUAUGCUGGCCCUGUGAUUGGCUGGUGACCUGUCCCGGAGGCCUUCUGCCUCUCGGUGUGUCAGCUGUGAUUGGCUCCAGUGCCCCUGCAACCCUUAAAGGAGAAGCAGUGUAGAAAACAGAUGAAUCACUGUUUUCCUGCCUGGUAUUAAAGGACCCCGAGACGAGUUAGUUGAUGUAUUUUUCCUCAUCAUAAAACACAGAGCUUUGAACGUUGCAUCCAUGUUUGCUGGCCUGGAGUCUUCUUCACUGCCUUUAUUGAUGUAUUGCUGCAUUUCUCUAAAGCUGUUGAAUAGUAGAACGCCUUGAAACUAGGUGUUCAUCGUGUCACCUGCUUGCUUGUGUGCUUGUAUGUAAUGAUUACACAGGAAGUAGCGAC